UACCCCACCUCUUUUGCCUCUGAACCACCAUCACCAUGGCUGAACCUGCCGCUCAACCCAACCCUGCUGUCAUGAGCGCAUCAUUGACGGCCGCAGCAGACAACCUGAGGGACCUUAGUGCUCAAGUUGCUCUGCUUGACAACCUUCCUGUCAUGAACAUUGGCCAUCAGCUGCAACAGCUUGUCCUGACAAUUGGUCAGCUCACAAUCACAGUCAAUGCCAACCACCAGGCUGUGCUCAACAAUCAUGCUGCCCUUGUUGCUACAGUGGCUGACAACCACCAGACUGCACUUGACAACCAUGCAGCUCUAGUUCAGAGGCUCAAUCACAUUCAAGCCAGUUUGGCUCUUCAGCCCAUGAAGCUUGCAAAUGCAGCAGCUGGACGAAAUAGCAUUCUUGUUGGGCCAAACCUAGCUCCACUUGCUAAUCCUCAUCCUCAAACUCGUGAAGUCUUUCUCAGCUUUACAAUUGCUCAGUGCCAGGCAUCCACUGCUGCAUUUGUUGCUGAUGGCCAUCCACUUCAAGUUCAUCCAAAUGGCAUUCCUCGUAUUGUUCACCUACAACAACUUGCUCUUUUUCUUGGCAUCUUUUUGUAGGAAGUGUAGAGAUGAGUGUUCAUGAGAAGUCUUGUUGAGCCUGUUGCAUCAUGUAUUGUUCUUGUUCUUGCUGCUACUUACUUAAAAAAUGAAAUGCAUGUGUAUGUUAGUAUGUUUGACUCAUAUGUACUUUUUGGCAUCCUUUUCAA